AACGAUCGAUUGCGCAGAUGCAGUAGUCUCGUUUCUGGUUAGGUCUAUGGUUCCAACUUGCUAACGGCAAAGAUGGCGCUAAGUAAAACCUUUGGUCAAAAGCCGAUAAAAUUUCAACUCGAGCAAGAUGGAGAUUUCUAUAUGGUUGGAUCAGAGGUUGGAAACUACUUGCGCAUGUUUAGAGGGUCCUUAUACAAACGGUACCCAUCAUUGUGGAGAAGGCUCGCUUCUGUCGAGGAGCGAAAGAAAAUAGUCGCCUCAUCACAUGCCACCAGCGUAACUCUACUGAAGGCCUCUGAAUGUGAGGAGAUCUUUGAAGGCAACGAUGAGAAAUAUAAAGCUGUGUCCAUUAGCACGGAGCCUCCCGCCUAUCUCAGGGAACAGAAGGCCAAGCGGAAUAGCCAGUGGGUUCCCACCCUCCCCAACAGCUCCCAUCAUCUGGAUGCCGUGCCCUGCUCCACCGCCAUCAACCGCAACCGCCUGGGCAGAGACAAGAAGAGGACUUUUCCUCUCUGCUUUGAUGACCACGAUCCUGCUGUAAUCCAUGAGAACGCCUCCCAGCCUGAAGUUUUGGUUCCCAUCCGGCUUGAUAUGGAGAUUGACGGGCAGAAACUGCGAGAUGCCUUCACUUGGAACAUGAACGAGAAGCUGAUGACCCCGGAGAUGUUUGCGGAGAUCCUGUGUGACGACCUUGACCUGAACCCCUUGACCUUCGUUCCUGCUAUCGCCUCCGCCAUCCGCCAGCAGAUGGAGUCGUACCCCACCGACAGUCUGCUGGAGGAGCAGACGGACCAGAGAGUCAUCAUCAAGCUCAACAUCCAUGUGGGGAAUAUCUCGCUGGUGGACCAGUUUGAGUGGGACAUGUGCGAGCAGGAGAACUCCCCAGAGCAGUUUGCGCUGAAGCUGUGUUCUGAGCUGGGCCUGGGGGGAGAGUUCGUCACCACCAUCGCCUACAGCAUCAGAGGACAGCUGAGCUGGCACCAGAGGACCUACGCCUUCAGUGAGAACCCGCUGCCCACGGUGGAGAUCGCCAUCAGGAACACGGGAGAUGCAGACCAGUGGUGCCCCCUGCUGGAGACGCUGACGGACGCCGAGAUGGAGAAGAAGAUCCGGGACCAGGACAGAAACACCAGACGCAUGCGGCGACUUGCCAACACCGCUCCAGCCUGGUAGAGGACCACGGCCUGAUGACGUGUUGCCAGCUCUCUCUCCUGAUUGGCUGAACCUUCUCGAGCUCUUGGACCCCCCCCCCCCCCCACGUCACAUUCCACAGCUCCGCACAUGUCAGCUCUGAUCUGGGGUCGGCCCCAACUCUGUAGUGUAGGCAGAACACUGCCCCUCACCCCAACUCUGUAGUGUAGGCAGAACACUGCCCCUCACCCCAACUCUGUAGUGUAGGCAGAACACUGCCCCUCACCCCAACUCUGUAGUGUAGGCCAAUGAGCCUUAGACGAGCCGUAGACCCCCGGGAUCUAACAGAAGGUCUAGGAGCCCAGUCCAGUCACGUACCUGCCUCCCUACCGACCCGCUCCAGCAUCCCCACCACCAGUUCUGGCUGCUGCGGGAUGUGCUGGCCAAUUGAGCUCCUCCUCGCAGAUCCAUUUUAGCAAGCAGCUAUCUCUGGAGGCUCAGAUAUUACUGGGCUUUUGAAAAGUAAAGGUGGUGCUCAACAUAUUUCUUUCUUGUGAAUGACAUGGCUCUUUUUUUUUUUUAAGUGUGAAAUUGAGUCUGUUACUAAUAAACAUUGCUUAUGUUUUUUUGUUUUUGUUAUAUGUUUUCAAAACUUGUCUUGUGUUGAUUCAUUAAAUGAUUUGAAAUGAA